UGACACAAAGGCCGGCUUACAUGGGGGUAAUGCGGCGAUGUGCAGGCGUCCUACACAUAUAGCAACAGUGCUGGAGCUGCAGCACGGACAAUAGUAAGAGGAGCAGGCAGAGCUCAGUGCUACGGGCAAGCUGAAGCAGGAAUCAUUAGUCAGAUUCUAUCUAGACGAUAACUUGGGGCCGUCACAUGCACAGGGACAGAUGUGCAAGAACCAAGUGCAGCAAUAUCAGCACUAGCAGAGGCCAGGCGUCUCAUUGCCAGGCAGCACGUUGGAAGACAGCAGGCUCCUGGCACUUGUGCGGUUCAGCAACCUCGGACAGCAGCGCAGCCUAAUCACUAUAUAACCGGGACUGAUCCUUGCACCAGACAACAAACACAUCUGCCCUCUGCAGCAGCUUCCAGCAUCGGUGCCGCUCAGGACCCUGGACAGCAGCACAGCAGCCGUUCAGCACCUGGGACAGCAGCACAGCAGCCUUUCAGCACCUGGGACAGCAGCUCCAACACAGAGCAUAGCAUCAGACUGAGUAAGGAAAACUCUACAAGACAACAAUUGCCACCCUCGCUCCCACACCACCCAUCCUUAUGGAUGUCAAAGCAGCACCCAACGGAGUGGCGACCAUAGAGGACAGAAUUUUAAGGAUCACUGGCUACUAUGGGUAUUACCCGGGAUACUCCAGCCAGAAACAUACCUCGCAUUCUUCUGUUUCUCGGUGCCUCUCUGGAAUCACAUACUCCAACUCGUGCAGCAGCACAAGGAAAAAGAUCUGCCAUAUGUCGUCAACCGAAGACUCUUCCUCUCCCAUGUUUGAGAUGGAAAGUGGGAAUUCCCUUCGAAAGUUUGAGCGCAGCAGGUCCAACAGGGUCCAGAUUGGUACAGGCGGAGAAGGAGCACAACCAAAUCAAGAGAACACCCCAGAGAACCGUGAAAAAUCUCGAUGUCAGUCAUGUACUUCUACAUUCCUUAAAAUUGUCUGGGGAUUACUAAUUAUCCUUUCAGUAUCGUCCUCUUGGGUUGGAACCACACAGAUAGUAAAAAUCACAUACAAGAACUUCUACUGCCCAUUCUUUAUGACAUGGUUUUCAACCAAUUGGAACAUUAUGUUUUUCCCGGUAUAUUAUUCUGGUCACCUAGCAACAGCACAAGAGAAGCAGUCGCUGCUUCAAAAAAUCAGGGAAUGUAGUAGAAUAUUUGGAGAAGAUGGUUUGACGUUGAAGCUCUUUCUUAAAAGGACUGCACCUUUUUCCAUUCUAUGGACGUUGACUAAUUACCUCUACUUACUUGCUCUUAAGAAGCUGACGGCCACUGAUGUGUCUGCUCUCUUCUGCUGCAACAAAGCCUUUAUGUUCCUACUUUCAUGGAUUGUGCUUAAAGACAAGUUCAUGGGUGUACGGAUAGUUGCUACAAUAAUGGCAAUCACGGGGAUCGUCAUGAUGGCGUAUGCAGACGGUUUCCAUGGUGACUCAAUCAUUGGAGUGGCUCUUGCUGUUGGAUCUGCCUCCGCAUCAGCAUUAUACAAGGUUUUGUUUAAGAUGUUUCUUGGAACGGCAAACUUUGGUGAAGCGGCACAUUUUUUUUCUACUUUAGGCUUUUUCAAUUUGAUUUUCAUCUCAUGUACACCAAUUAUUCUUUAUUUUACCAAAGUGGAGCACUGGUCAUCCUUCUCAGCCCUGCCAUGGGGGUACCUGUGCGGAGUGGCCGGCCUCUGGUUAGUUUUCAACAUACUAGUUAAUGUUGGUGUUGUCCUGACAUAUCCAAUCCUCAUUUCCAUUGGUACAGUUCUCAGUGUUCCAGGCAAUGCAGCUAUUGACCUGCUCAAGCAUGAAGUGAUUUUUAGUGUGGUAAGACUGGGGGCGACCAUUAUCAUUUGCAUCGGGUUUCUGCUUAUGCUGCUUCCUGAGGAAUGGGAUGAGAUCACCUUGCGCUUCAUCAAUAGCUUAAAGGAAAAGAAGACAGAGGAACACGCAGAGGAUGUUGCAGAUGCCGGCGUAUACACAAGGAGCCGGAGCAGGGCUAAUGGCACAGUGUCUAUACCACUGACUUAAAUCCAUCAUUUGAAUGCACGUGAAUGUAUAUUCUGUGAAUAUAAUUUAAUUAUUUUCACUAAUUGUUAUGUAAUAUCACAGUAUUAAUCUGCAAAUAAUUCUAAGUUAAAUACAUUCAAAUGUUUACAUUUAUACACCUAAGAGUAAAUAAACACAAUAACAUUU